AUGAGAUCGACGCUCUCAGCUGCCGUGGCCGCCUUGGCCGCUACCCACGUUGCCGGUCAUGCCACCUUCCAGGACCUCUGGAUAAACGGCCACGGGGCCUCGUGCGCACGAUUGCCGCAAUCGAACUCCCCAGUCACAGACGUAACAUCGAAGGACAUCAUUUGCAAUGCAGGCACCAAACCCGUCUCCGGAAAAUGCAGCGUAGCCGCCGGGUCGACUGUCACAGUUGAGAUGCAUCAGCAACCUGGAGACCGUAGCUGCGCAUCGGAGGCCAUCGGUGGUGCUCACUACGGGCCAGUCCAAGUAUACAUGGCCUCGGUAGCAGACGCCUCGGCAGCCGACGGAUCUUCUUCGUCGUGGUUCAAAAUCUUCGCCGACACGUGGGCCAAGAACCCGUCCGGAGGAAGCUCCGACGAUGAUUUCUGGGGCACCAAGGAUAUUAACACGUGUUGCGGCCGUAUGGAUGUCAAGAUUCCCACGGAUAUAGCUCCCGGCGACUACCUUUUGCGAGCCGAAGCCUUGGCUCUUCACACCGCGAGUCAGAAAGGCGGCGCGCAAUUCUAUAUGACCUGCUUCCAGUUGACCGUCACAGGUAGCGGAAGCGCAAAACCUGCAGGCGUUUCGCUACCUGGCGCCUACAAGGACUCUGAUCCUGGCAUUCUCGUGGAUAUCCACGGAAAACUCGGCUCGUAUGUUGCGCCAGGCCCGACGGUCUAUGCAGGUGGAUCCACAAAAGCUGCGGGCUCCCCGUGCUCCGGCUGCGAGAGCACAUGUGCAGCUGGAAAAGGCCCGUCCAGCACCGCUGGCGGUAAUGCUCCGACUGCCACAGCAACGAGUACCGCCUCUGCACCAACAACCACAGCCGGGUCCGGAUCGGGAUGCAGCGUAUCUUUAUAUGGCCAAUGUGGAGGGAAUGGCUUUACCGGGUGUACGAACUGCGCCAGCGGAACGUGCAAAAAGCAGAAUGACUACUACUCACAGUGUAUCUAG